AUGGCGGCUUCACGGCCCACAAACUACGACACCCUCGAGAACACGGUCAACGAUGUGCUCAUUCACAUCGGAAAAACGAUCCGGGCACAGACGAAAAACGGUCGCCGGACGGUGGCUCUCACGAGCGCCACCAAGAUCCAUGAAGCCAACAACACGUUCAAUGCGACUCUUGACGUCAUAGAAGCAGACAUUUUUCGUGCCAAAGCAACCCUGCGUCGGGACCUCGAGCUCUUGCGCGCCCAGAAAAACACAGCCACCGUUGCUGCUGCAUCCAAGUCGGAGCCAGCUCCUUCCGUUGCGGUCCAGCAAGCCCCACCGGCGCCGAUGGACGUGGACUUGGAGGAGCCGCCAAGCACGGCCGUCAAGAUCAAGACAGAGCCGCGGUCGAGCAGUGUUGCGAGCAGCGGCCAGGCGGCCAUGGCCCCGUUCCCUAACAUGGAGUUGGACUCUCCCAUAGCAGUCACGACUGCCCUGCCAGUUAUUCCUGCGGCUGCGGCUGCGGCUGCAGCUGCAAAUCCACCGGUGGCAAAGCUUCCGAUAGUCAAGAAGGAGUCACCACCGCAGACCAUGAAACCGGUCCCGACACCGGCUGUGAACAAGCCCGUCGUGGCAGGACCGGUGGGAGCGAUCAAGGCCCCUGCCAAAAAGUCAUCUCCAGUGAUGAUCAGCAAAGUCCCUUCGCCUGCCAAUCCUCGGUCCACAGCAUCCCCAGCAGCGGCCAAGGUUCCAUCCCCGGUCUUGUUGAAGUCGGCUGCUGUAUCGCCUGUUCUUAUCAAAGAGUCUCCGCAGCUGUCUCCGGCUACUGUCAACAGAGCUAUAUCGCUUUCAUCGUCUUCGUCACCGAUCAUGAUUACAUCGCCAGUGAUGACCAAGAAGGCAGCCGCUAUUUCGCCAGCGGUUAAGGUCGCCGUGCCAGGCAAACAAGCAAUACCACAGACGACAGCUCCUUCUCAGAGCCAUGCCACAGCACCAGCUUUAGCUACUGUAACUGCAGUUCCCAUCGUACCACCGAGGGCGAAGACGGAGGAUAUGAACAUGGACGCGUUACUUGAUUUCGACGGACCAGCACAUUCCAAUGAGCAGGAAAAUCAUGACCUUGGGUUCACCGACAUGCAAUUUACUCUUUUGCAAAUUCCUGUGCAACCGCCACAACCACCAGUCCAAGACGAUUCCGAAUUUGAUGUGGAGAAAUUUGCGGCAGAUGCAAUGCAGGACUUGAUGUCAGAUCUAUCUGGUCAGCCCAGCACAGCCAGACCGCAACCGCAACCGCAACCGCAACCACAGCAGCAACAAAGCACACAACCGCGGACCAACGAGCUUGCCGCGGGAACGGAUGCCGCUGCUGCUACUGAUAACGGAGAUGAUCUUUUCAAAUUCAUAGACGGCGCCGACGACCUACUCGGCGAGGAUCCGACGACCAAUUUUGACGAGCUUUAUAUGGGCGGCAGCGAUUCGAAUGACAUUGACAGUUACUUUGACUCGUAA